CAUCACGGUUGGAUGCUAUAAGGCGCAUAAACCUCCUCCAGAAGGACUCAGACGAGUUGAAGUUUUGUUCCGCACGUGAGGGUCUGAAUGACCGUGAAACCGGCAAACUGAGAGGAGCUGGACUCAUGAAUAACGGAGCGGAUUUGUGAAUGAAACCUCCAGCUGCGCGAAAGGACUCGAUUCACAAAAAAUGAAAGCGGGUCACCUGAGAAGCUCGUUUUCUUUUUUUUAGAAUUUGAAUGGGAACUGACACACAGACUGGAAAACGUGUGACACCUGCUUACAUUUAACGGUUUUUAGCGCGUUUUUCAGUCCUUGAAUGUUCACUGAGGAUUUUUUUUUGCGCGUAAAUGCCCACCACCACUCCUGAUAAGUGAACCUACACGGACGAAAAGAGGGACUAAUCAGAGAUAAAACUCCUCUUUUUCCACAGAAAUAUCCUACAAUGCUCUGUUCGGAGACCUGCGCGCACAGAGGACGCGUCGCUCCGGUGCCACUGCGCGCAGCGAUGCGCACAGCUUCCCGAUAGUCUGACACCGCAUGGCUGGGGGAAUAUGGGUGCUGAUGAGGCUACAGCACCUCCUGAAACCGGGCAUUUAAAAAAACAGCAGAUUUAUUUAAAAAGGUUCAAACUUAUGUAGCGUUUCCCUCUUUCUUGCGAGGAUGUUGGAUGCAUAGUACGCACGUAUUUGUGGUGGAAAAGAGGACUUACUUUGUUUUUUAAUACAUAUUAUGACGCUCAUAAUUCCAUUGUUGUAUUCUUUGUGGUGUGGACGCAUUGAGGUGUUUUCAGAGGAAGUUUGUUUCAAGUGUCAAGUUGAAUGAAAGUAACCGAAGACUUCAGGGCGCAGAUCGUCCUGUCAGCUGUAGAGAGCAGACGGUAACUGCUCUUACUGACACUCGUGGGCUUUUAAUAGCAUGUUUGAUGUGGAUGAGAGGAAGAGAGGUGCACACACGUGGACAAGCGUGCGCUAGAAAGAGGGGUGUGUGCAGACACAAAAACUUUUUUUUACUGUGAAUGAAUCUCACUGCAAAUGCUCCCGUGUUUGAGCGAAGUGAGUGAACUUUGCACGUCAGACUCGUGUCACUGCGCUGCAGGUGAUAUAUAAACUUGGGUGACAUCUCGUGCGCGUGCACGCCCUGUAUCCCUCCCUCUUCCUCUGCUCGCGCUCCUCACACGCUUUUUGACUGUGGCUGCUCUGAUUUGCUGUCUGCUGUAAGUUUUAAAACUAUCAAAUAUAAACUAUAAGCGUUAAGUGUGAUGUCAUUACAUGGACUGAUCAGCACCCACAACUCUGACUGACUCCCAGCGUGCUCCUGCGUUAUGCUUAAUGGACCGACCUUCCGCGACCACGACCCGAUGCGACUCGUCGACCCGAGGCACCUCCCGCAACUGAUGUCCCUGGAGGACCAUGAGCCCACCAUGGUGGAAGGGACCCUAUGGCCGCGCAACUCCACCGCGCCGGCGGGGGAGGAGGGGUCCCCGGGGCAGCAGCACCAGUCCUUCCCCUGGGCGGUGACCCUGCUGGCCGGCGUCCUCAUCACGACCAUCGUGGUGGAUGUUAUCGGGAACAUGCUGGUCAUCGUGUCCGUGUUCAGGAACAGGAAACUCAGGAAAGCAGGAAACGCCUUCGUGGUGAGCCUGGCUCUUGCUGACCUGGUGGUGGCCCUCUACCCGUACCCGCUGGUCCUGACCGCCAUCUUCCACGACGGCUGGAUCGCCGGUUACAUCCACUGUCAGAUCAGCGGCUUCCUCAUGGGCCUCAGCGUCAUCGGCUCCAUCUUCAACAUCACAGGCAUCGCCAUCAACCGCUACUGCUACAUCUGCCACAGCCUCAAGUACGACAAACUCUUCUCCAACAGCAACACCAUGUGCUACGUGGUGCUGGUCUGGGCGCUCACCAUCCUCGCCAUCGUGCCCAACUGGUUCGUGGAGUCGCUGCAGUACGACCCGCGGGUCUACUCCUGCACCUUCGCCCAGUCGGUGAGCUCGCUGUACACCAUCACCGUGGUGGUGGUGCACUUCAUCCUGCCCAUCGGCAUCGUCAGCUACUGCUACCUGCGCAUCUGGAUCCUCGUCAUCCAGGUGAGGCGGAGGGUCAAGCCGGACUCGCGGCCAAAGAUCAAGCCGCACGACCUCCGCAACUUCCUCACCAUGUUCGUUGUUUUUGUGCUCUUCGCCGUGUGCUGGGCGCCGCUGAACCUGAUCGGCCUGGCGGUGGCGCUGGACUCCAGGCUGAGCCGGGCGAUACCGGAGUGGCUUUUCACGGCCAGCUACUUCAUGGCGUAUUUCAACAGCUGCCUCAACGCCGUCGUCUACGGCGUCCUGAACCACAACUUCAGGAAGGAGUACAAGAGGAUCGUCCUGAUCAUCUUCAAGUUCCACUGCUGAGACGAUACGCUGAGCAGAGGUUAAGUUUCAGAGUCAUUUCUAACUUUUUUGUGGGCGAAAAAGGCCAUUAACGAGACGAACUUGUCCUUGACAAGGAGAGGAAAACUUAACUAAUGAAACGGAAAAAAAGGUACUGCAUCAAGAUGAAAGAAAAACACUGAAUGAGAGAGAACAAAGAAGAUAGCUGGAGGUGACGAUGAGGAUGAGACAUAAAGUGAAAUAAAUGAUGCUACAUUCAGAGUUAUCAGUGAUGCCUUCAGGGAGACUUUAAAAGCACGGAGAGAGUGGGAGGAAGAGAUGA